UCCGGUCUCUGGUCUCUGGUGCUCGGUCUCCGGUCUCUGGUCUCCGGUCUCCGGUCUCUGGUCUCUGGUCUCUGGUCUCUGGUGCUCGGUCUCCGGUCUCCGGUCUCUGGUCUCUGGUCGGAGAGAGAAGCGAGAGGAGACGCGCUGAACACCGGAGCCUCAUCCCGGUCCGGAGCUGCUCGGUCGGGUCUUCUCCCGUCUGAACCGUGUCUCAGGUGAUUUAUUCGAGGGCGCUGUGGAACACAGACGGUGCCAAUAGGUGGGAUGUGGGCCCCAUCCCCCCACCCCCCUCACCAUGCAGGGUUCAGACCCUGAUCCUCUGUCAGACAGAGGACAGAAGGAUCUGAUGAGAGGACAGACAGAGGAGAGAGGAGACGUCCUGCGAUGGCCAGUGCUGACGUGUUCACUCUCUGGGGCGGAGCAGAACCACCUGAACGUCUCUGAUCAUGGAGCCUGGGCCACGGCCAUGAACAACCUUGGCAUCGUACCUGUGGACAUGAGCGGACAACCGCUGGUUCCAGACGCUCUGUGUCUCCAGAGGUUCGACCCCAGACUGAGCCUCAUCACACCCAUGAUGGUCCCGCCCCCACCGGUUCCACCCGACCUGCCAAUCAUCCGAGAGAUUAUUCACUGCAACAGCUGCACACUGUUCCCCCAGAACCCCAACCUGCCCCCCCCCUCCACACGGGAGCGCCCCCCCGGCUGCAGGACGGUGUUUGUCGGAGGUUUGCCGGAGAACGUCACCGAGGAGAUCGUCAGGGAAACGUUCGAGCCGUGUGGAGAAAUCAUGGCGCUGCGCAAGAGCAAGAAGAACUUCUGUCACAUCCGAUUCUCUGAGGAGUUCAUGGUGGACAAGGCAAUCUACCUGUCAGGGUACCGGAUGCGUAUCGGCUCCAGCACAGACAAGAAGGAUUCUGGGAGGAUCCACGUGGACUUCGCUCAGGCCAGAGACGACCUGUACGAGUGGGAGUGUAAACAGCGGCUGUUGGCCCGAGAGCAGCGGCACCGUCGGCAGGUCCACGAGGACUUCCUGCGGCCGCCGUCCCCCCCGCCAGUCGUGCACUUCUCAGAGCACGAGGCGGCCAUGUUGGCAGAGAGACUGAAAGACGACCAGAUGUUCAACGAGGCCACGGCCGUGCUGUUUGCCUGGAUCGACCGGGGCGAGGUCAACCGCCGUACGGCCAAUCACUUCUACUCCAUGAUCCAGUCGGCCAACAGCCACGUCCGGCGGCUGAUGAGCGAGAAGGCUCAGCACGAGGAGGCUAUGGAACGAGCCAGAGAGGCCUUCAAGAACGCCCUGCUCGCCAUCCUCACGCAGUUCGAGCAGAUCAACGCCGUUUUCACCGCCGCCACCAGGCAAAAGGCAUGGGACCAUUUCUCAAAAGCCCAGCGCAAGAACAUAGACAUUUGGCGCAAGCAGUGUGAGGAGCUGAGAGUCGCUCACAGUGAAGAGAUCAUGGGCAUCAGGCGAGAGGAGGAGAUGGAGAUGUCGGACGACGACCUGGACGAGAAUCCGUGUAAGAAGCUGCGAACGCAGGAAAACGGUACCAACGUUUAUUUCUCUGGAGUGUGUGAUCAGACUCAGUCUCUGCGGGAGGAGAACGACUCUCUGCGUUGGCAGUUGGACUCGUACAGGAACGAGGUGGAUCUCCUGAGGAAAGAGCAGAGCAGAGCCGGUUGCCCCGACGACGACCUCACACCGACACACACACACCCUGCAGAGGCUCAGGUGCAGCUGCUGCAGCAGAACAUGCUCAACAUGCAGCAGCAACUUGUGAGUCUGCAGGAGAAGCUGACGAGUAAAGAAGCCGAGCUGGAGCAGGCGAGGGAGGAGCAACGUCUCCUGCAGGGGGAGGUGCUUAGCCUCCGAGACCAGAAUUUCUCUCCUGUGUCUCUGCAGCUGCUGAACGGUCCUGUGGAGGCGCCAGAGGCCGACGGAGAAUCACACGAGAAGAGGCUGAACGGUUUUGUUCCUUCGAUCUUCCUCGGCAGAGACAGGAGGAGUGAGGUCAUCGUGAGGGGCGGAGUCACUUCAGAGAAAGAGGCUCUGCUUCUGGGCAUCAUCUCGACCUUCCUCCACGUUCAUCCGUUCGGAGCGAACCUGGAGUAUCUGGUGUCGUACAUCCAGAGACUGGACUCCAAGGUGUCGGCGGCGGAGCUGGAGCGCCUCAUGGUCCGUCUGCCUGCUGUGUUCAGGCAGGAGCUGAGCGGCGUCGGCGCCACUCUGGAGAAAAGAUGGAAGUUCUGCGGCUUCGACAGCCUCGGUUCGGCGUGACACACGAACGACGCACACUGAUGUGAAGACACACGCCUCGGACCGUGUGUGUGUGUGAUACACAGUGGAGCGUCGGACGCCAGGUGGCGGCGACACAAAGAGACUCACUGACGUCAGAACGAAACAAACUCUGUUUCAUCAGAGAAUCAACAGAAACAGUGGAAAGAAGAAAGUUAAACCAAAGUUGAUCCGUUCACAUUUCAAACCAAACCUCGUUUCAUUCAGGGUUUCCUGAGGCUCUGCCCACACUGACAAGUUUCAGUUUUAAACUCAUCACUGUUGCUACGGUUACGCCUGGCGUCCACAGACUGUUGGAAACACUGCUGCAGACGUUCUCUUCCUGAUUGGUUCUUAACAGCGACAGUUUACAGUUGAUUUGAGUUGAUGUUUUACAGUGUAAAUACAGGGGAGGGGGCGGGGCUAUUUUAUUUACAGAUACUGUACGACCCGCUGUUCACUGACAGCAGCAGACGCCAUAACUGUAUUUAAAUUAAUAUAAUUCUCUGACGAGUUUUUCCCUCUGACUGUUCUGACGUCCGCAGAUCAGGACGGAGGGAUGAAAAAAAGGAAGAGGAGCUUCAUCUUUCUGAACAUCACAGUUAAAAUAAGGAAAGAUGAUAAUGACGUCAUUUUGUACCAAAAUUCAACAGUUGCGAAGAUGCUUUCACUUUGUUUCUUUUUUAAAUAAAGAUGCUGAAAAUCAAACGUA